CAGCUCACUGCCGCCGGAGCACCACCAAGACCAUCGUGCUCAUCGCAACUGCGGCUGCCCAUUCACGCAUUGCCACGCCACAUUCUGAUACUUGGGCACAGAUUACCGCCGGCAUAUCCAUUGGGCAGCGCACGACGAGCCCCGACUCGAACCUCGGACCACAUCUCGUCACGCCUUCACCUCGCCGACGAACGAACUCUCCUCCGUUGUGAGCAUCAGCUCGAGCCCAGCGCACGCCUGCUCGUCGGUCGCGGAGGCUACUUUCUUUCGUUCAUGUUGGCGGGCGCGGGCGCUCAUGCAGAAGAAACGAAAAGUGCGCCGGCCAGAUCCUCCUCCUCCCUGAUCAGACCUCGAUACACCGCCCAACCGCGCCGCAGCAGCAUUGGGCCGUGCAGAGGACGUCGCGCGCGAGCUCACGUCGCCCCCCUCCGUCUGUCGCCCGCUGGUGAUGGCCGAUGGUUUCAACCGGUUCAAUCCCGGCCACCAGUAUCUCUACCAGAAUCAUAACUCGCACACGCGUGGGCAGCAGCUGCGCAACGGCUCGCCUGUCAACACCAACGGCGCCCGCAUCUUCCACCCGAACGCAGAUACCCCCUCUCCGAACCGAUCGCCCGGCACCAAUUCGCCGGCGCACAAUCCCUAUAGCAGCAUGUACAAUCACGGCACCCACCGACCAAACCACACCCUUCUCAAUGGCGCUGCACAUCAGAACUUCCAGCCGCAGCAGACGGCGCUGGGUAAGGCGUUUCAGAGCUCUAUGCACGGCGCGAAUCAGCACCAUAUGAACAAUCAGCACCAUGAUCAUGGCAUGGGCGGACACGCGAAUACCUUCGGCAAUCACCAGCACUCGAUAUCCACGAGCACGCUUUCCAACACGACGCCACAUUUCACACCUGCGCACCUUCAGAACGGCACACCUGAGAAUUCCCUCGGCAAGCCUCACAACGAGCAUUGGGCUGAGCAAUUGAGGGAAUACUCGACGAUGAAGAUGGCGGAUCCGAAGGUGCAUUAUUACGCUCGAAAUGCUCCUGGUGUUACGAGACUCACGGGUCGAUCGUCGAACAAUGCUGCGAACAAGAACGACAGCGAGGAGCAUGGUGAGAGGAAGCGGAUAAUCGACGAGGACGAUUUCAUGGGCCCAUGGGGCGAUCUCGACUUUUCUGGGCACGGGCUCAAGGUCAUAUCGACCAUUGUGCUCGAGCGGUACCCGAAGCUGAAGAAGCUGUAUCUGCCAUGGAACAAGCUAACAACGAUCCCGCCUCAAAUCGGAACUCUGCGAUUCCUCACGAUCCUAGACCUUAGCUGGAACAACCUCAGCUUCCUGCCCCCAGAGAUCGGCAUGCUCACGAACCUCAAGAAACUCUUGCUGUACGAUAACAAUUUGGAUGACCUUCCACACGAGUUUGGCACGCUGUACCAGCUGGAAAUGCUCGGUCUGGAGGGCAAUCCGAUGCGACACGAUUACAAGGAUCGACUCGUGGAGCACGGUACCCAAGAGCUGAUCCGUUACAUUCGUGAGCAGGCGCCUACUCCCGAGCCACCGGUCGAUCGAGCAUGGAUUCCACUCGUCGAAGAGUCAACCGACUUCGCCGAUUCUUUUACACUGCUGUCUUGGAACAUUCUCUGCGAUCGCGCGGCAUCCGCAACAAUGUACGGUUACACACCCUCCGAAGCGCUUAGCUGGCAACGACGACGAGAUAUGAUACUCGACGAGAUGAAGGGAAGAGCAGCCGACAUCAUGUGCUUGCAAGAGAUGGACGUGGAAAACUUUGCCGAGUUCUUUCGACCUAACUUGUCGCAUACCGACUAUAAGGGAGUCUUCUUCCCCAAGUCGCGAGCGCAGACAAUGCGCGACGAGGAGUCUAAAAACGUCGACGGUUGUGCUAUUUUCUGGAAGAACUCAAAGUACAUCGUGCUCGACAAGCAGUUCCUUGUCUUUAGUCAAGAGGCGAUCAGGCGUCCGGACAUGAAGGGCGAGCACGAUGUCUACAACCGAAUCAUGCCGCGAGACCAUGUUGCGAUAGUCUUGUUCCUGGAAAAUCGGGAGACUGGUUCGAGACUAAUCGUUGCAAAUACGCAUUUGACCUGGGAGCCAUGGCACAGCGACAUCAAGAUCAUUCAGGUUGCCAUUCUUAUGGAACACAUUCAGAAGUUGUCAGAGAAGUAUGCCAAGUGGCCAGCACUCAAGGACGCGGAGAAGAAGAUGUUCGAAUUCGGCAGCGAGGACAAUGCAGACGGUACUGCAAAUGUCCCAAUCAGACCGGGUCCUUCCCUCAAAUACGACGAGUCCACACACAUUCCACUCAUUAUUUGUGGUGAUUUCAACUCGACCUCGAAGUCAGGUGUCUACGAUCUCAUCACGCAAGGCUCACUUUCGAACUCUUACGAAGAGCUCGGCAAGUACAGCUACGGAGACUUCACGAGGAAUGGCAUGAGCCACCCCUUCAGCCUCAAGUCAGCCUACAGCCACAUUGGCGAAAUGAAGUUCACAAACUACACGCCUGAUUUCCGACAAGUCAUCGACUGGCAGUUCUACUCGACACAAUCGAUGCAAGUCACGGGACUACUUGGGGAGGUCGACAAAGACUACAUGAAGCGUGUUCCUGGAUUCCCGAACCAUUACUUCCCCAGCGACCAUCUUCCAUUGAUGACCCAGUUUGCGAUAAAGGAAAAGAAAGAGCGGAAGGUGACCGAGACGGAAUUUGGCAAUUCUCGGCGGAAUUGAUCGUCCAGGCGUUCCAUUGGAAGGGCGUCAACGACAUGUGAUGGUGCGUUUGCGUGUACAAAGUUCAGGCUGGCCAGUUGGCCAUGGGGCGAUGGUGCUGCUUGCCCUCUGGAUCGAGGGGCGGGAUGAUACGAGGAUGGGGCGUUCACAACCUUUGUUUCCAGGCAAAGCAGGCAGGAAGUUCGAAGCGUUUUCCCUUUGCUUAUUAUCGCAUAUGAUUGUUCAAUGACUCGACGGGAAGGCGGAUGAUGGUGGUAGUGGUGGUGGUGGAGGGCCUUUUUGGAAAGAAAAACGAUCAUUCAUGCAACUGUACCCGCCGACAAACUCCUUUUCUGUCUGUUACGUUGCGAUCAUUACGAACCUGGAAGUGAAAGAUGAACGAGGCGCAUGACUGGGGCGAAAUCAUUGAUUAUUCGGAGCGUACACAGUUUCUGCGGCGUUCCGUGCUUCGGUUUUGGCUCUUGAGAUGUGCGAGCGGCUUGAGUUGACUUGGGCUGUUCUCGCAAGUGUUAUGAGUAUAGUAGCAUGCAUAGAUAGUUUUUCGCGUCCAUUGCAGAUGAA